GGAAAAUAAUCGCCAAAAGUGUAUAGUCUAUGAUCGUCAACAUAGAUUAUACACAUAAAUAUUAUCGCCAAAUUUCGUUUCAAAUACUAAUAUCAUGUUGUGGAACGCUAUUAGAAAGUUAAGAAAUAAGGCCUUAAAAUUGAAUAAUGCAAGGAUAUGUUUAAGUCAUUAUUACUCACAACAGCCACCGAUCGAAAAAGAAAAUGAAAGUGUAAAAAAACCUGAGUCAAAACGAUUAUCUGAGUUUAGAAAAAAAUUGAGAGAAACUACAUCAAUCACUGAUCUUGGUGAACAAACUUCAAAUUCCAAGGAAGAUGCUUUGCCUCCUUGGCCCAACAAUACUAACCCCAACACUGGUGAAGUUGGUGGUCCCAAAGGGCCUGAACCAACCAGAUAUGGUGAUUGGGAAAGAAAAGGAAGAGUAUCUGAUUUCUAAAUUCAAAAUUAUGCUUUGUUCUUGCUAUUAUCCCUAAGUUCUUGAGUUACACAGAAACUUAACAUAGUUAUAAAAGUUAGAUUAACUUUGGUUCCAUUUCUUUCUUUCAUUGUGUAAUAGAGUAGAAAAUAUUGGAUAGUACAAAAAUAACCUGUUGAGAAGGUUCUCAAUUAUAUGUUUUUUUUUAAUAUAUAAAGUUAGAAUUUAUUAUAAUUAAAUUUACCAUGCUGCUAAAUGCUGUAAUGUUUAUGGUUGAUUUUGUAUUAAAUAAUUAGAUUUUAUUUUUUAAUUACAA